UAUAUUUUAAUUUUUUCGCCGUAUAUUCUGCGAUGUAACUAUUCUUUUUGUUAUUACUCCUUAGUCAUUCUACAUUGUGUGUUAUGUUCGCUAUUUGCUUAUAAUUAACUCUGUUGUUUUGUGCUACGACUCAUUAUUAUGUAGCUAGAACUAAUUAUUAAAAUGUGAAGCCGCGUAAUCUUAGCAUACUUGUAUUUAAAAUCGCAAGCAUAUUUCUUUGUUUGUGUAUUCUAAUCGAUCAGUGUGAUAAUUUAAAUGUCGUGCAAUAAGUGGAUAGUAAAUUCAUAAAAUGAAACUACUAAUUUAUUUUAUUGUCAUUCUAUUUAGUCAAAUAAAUUGUGGCGCUCAAAAUAAUUCAAUAGUUAUUCCAGAUGGAGAAAUUCAUCAAAUAUUUAAAUUAAAUCAGAAUUCAACAUCAGACACGCCAAAAGUUUUAAAUAAUAAUACGGUCAAUAAUAAUGUAACUACCAUUACAACACCACCAAUAUCUAAUGAAACUACUGCUAACUCUACGGAUAUGACUCCUUCUAGUACUCCUGGGGAGCCUGUUUUACCUAAAAAAGGCUCAGCUGAAGAAGAACGAAAUAGUUCAAUAGCUAUUUUUUUUGUGCUCACUGUACUUGCCUUAGGCAUUCUUCUUGUUCAUUUAAUGUUGUCAACACAUUUUCAAUAUUUACCAGAAAGUUUUGUAAUUGUUGUUCUUGGUGGUAUCAUUGGACUUAUUAUAAAUCUUUUAUCUGAACAAAACAUUGCUAAUUGGCGUAAUGAAGAAGCCUUUUCCCCAACAGCAUUUUUUCUUGUACUUUUACCACCAAUUAUUUUUGAAUCUGGGUAUAAUCUACAUAAAGGAAACUUUUUUCAAAAUAUUGGUUCAAUUUUAGUUUUUGCUAUCAUUGGUACUACUAUAUCAGCCCUAGUUAUUGGUAUUGGUAUUUAUAUACUUGGUAUAGCAGAUGUAGCUUAUAAAUUAAGUUUUGUUGAGAGUUUUGCUUUUGGUUCAUUAAUAUCUGCAGUUGAUCCUGUUGCUACAGUAGCUAUUUUCCACGCAUUAGAUGUUGAUCCUGUACUAAACAUGUUGGUGUUUGGGGAGAGCAUAUUAAAUGAUGCUAUUGCCAUAGUAUUAACCACAUCAGUAUUACAAUCAAAUGGACCAACUAUGAGCACAUCUGAAGCUAUAAUGACUGGAAUUAAACAGUUUUGUUUAAUGUUCUUUGCUUCAGCUGGCAUUGGAGUAAUAUUUGCAUUGAUAAGUGCCUUAUUGUUAAAAUAUGUAGACUUAAGAAAAACUCCUUCCUUGGAAUUUGCCAUGAUGUUAGUAUUUACUUAUGCGCCAUAUGUUUUAGCUGAAGGAAUUCAUUUGUCAGGAAUAAUGGCUAUAUUGUUCAAUGGAAUUGUUAUGUCUCAUUAUACACAUUUUAACUUAUCUACAGUUACACAAAUUACUAUGCAACAAACAAUGAGAACUUUAGCAUUUAUUGCUGAAACUUGUGUAUUUGCAUACUUGGGUCUUGCAUUAUUCAGUUUCAGGUUAAAUUUUCAACCAGCUUUAGUUAUCUGGAGUCUUGUUUUAUGUUUAAUUGGAAGAGCUUGUAAUAUUUUCCCAUUAGCAUAUUUGUGUAAUAAAUUCAGGGAGCAUCAAAUAACUAAACAUAUGAUGUUUAUUAUGUGGUUUAGUGGACUUCGAGGUGCUAUCUCGUAUGCAUUGUCACUUCAUUUAGAAUUUAGUGAUGAAACAAGGCAUGUGAUAAUAACUACUACUUUAGUUAUUGUAUUAGUCACUACCUUAAUAUUUGGUGGAUCUACAAUGCCUUUAAUGAAGAUUUUGAAAGAUUCCAAGGCUGGGAGAAAUACUCGUAGAAGAAGAAAAGAUAAAGCAAUUUCUUUAAGUAAAACUAAAGAAUGGGGACAAGCAAUUGAUUCAGAACAUUUGUCAGAAUUAACUGAAGAGGAAAUGGAAGUUAACUUUAUUCAGUCUAGAAUUAGCGGUUUUGCAAAAUUAGACAUCAAGUAUUUUAUACCAUUUUUUACUAGACGUUUUACUCAAGAAGAAUUGAAAGAUUGUAAAACACAAAUGACUGACCUUACUAACCAAUGGUACCAAGCUAUACGUAUAUCACCUACAGCAUCUGAAGAUGAUAAAAUAGCUUGUAAUGGACAGUCUCAAUCAUCAAGCCGUCAAUCUAGUUGACAGUUACCACAAUUACAAGUGGUCAGACCAAGUAAUGGAGGAGAAAAGCAGUUAUUGAUACAACGUCAAAACAACAAAAUGUAACAGUUUUAUUUUACAGGUAAAAAACUGUUAAGUGAUAUUUAGAGCUUGUCGGCUUUCAGUUUACCACAACCCUUGGCCAAAUAAAGUUAAUAAUUUAUGUACUUAAAUUAAAUCUUUUAAAAUAAAUCAUUAUAAUGCAUAAUGAAUUUCAUUGUAACUUAUAUAUAUAUUUAUAUAUUUUUAAAAGGAGAUUCAAAAUGUACUUUAAUUUUUACUAUAGAAGUCUGAGUUGGAAAUAUAUUAUUAAAAACUUAUAAAUGUUUUGAUAGUCAUUUAGAAUAUUUCGUAUGUAUUUGUUUAUUAUACAACACUACUGUAUUUCUUCAAAUGAAUAACAUUUUAUUAUCCUAUUUAUUUUUUAUUGAUAAAUUAUGAUUAGUUGUUAAGAUAUAUGACACAAGGUAGGUGCUAUAGAAUAUUUAAUUAAAUGCUUUAUUAUUUAAUGUUAUUUUCUUUUUUAAUCUUAUUAAUGUAUUAAAUACAUAUUAUGUAAAAUUAACAGCCAAUUGUACUGAGUGGAUUGUAUAUUAGUAUAAAUGUUUAUUGACGAGUUAUAAAAAGCUUUGAAUAUGAUUAGACUUACAAUUCAAAAUGCAGAAUAUUAAUAAUCAAGAUCCCUAUGCAAAAAUGCAUUACUAGAAUCGAAAAACUAAUAUUCUUAUCUCACUAUGAAAAUUAUUCAAUUUUUUUUCAUUUUAUUUUACAAUUUUGAAGAAUAUAAAUAUAAAUUAAUAUAAAUUUACAAAUUUUAAUA